AUGUCUUCUUUCAUCGAUCUCUACUCCGUGAAGCCCUUCAAAACUCAAUGGAGAGUUUAUGUGAAGAUAUUGAAGGUGUGGAAACCGUACUUGAAUGGUGUAGAGACGUUGGAAAUGGUUGUUGUUGAUGAGAAGAAUCAAACCAUGCAUGUAACUUUGAAGAAGGAGUUCAUCAAGAAAAAUGAAAAUCUCUUAGAGGAAGGUGCCUCUAGAAUUAUCACAAAUUUUCAAGUGGCUCAUAAUGGUGGUAAGUUCAGGAUAAGCCCUCACGUUUACAAAAUCCUUUUCGCAUCAACAACAUCUGUCAAACCAGCAGAAGCAAUGGAUCCAAGAAUCCUAGGUUUCAAGUUCGUCAAGUUUAGUGAUAUUCACGAAGGCAAAAUGAAUCCAGAUUUCUUGAUAGAUGCUAUUGGACAAAUUGUGAGCAUUGGGGAUGUAGAGAUCUUGAAUGUUGGAAAGAGACAGACAAAGAGGCUUUCUAUGGAGAUUCGUGAUACAGAAGAUGUUCGACUUAAUUGUGUUAUUUGGGGACAAUUUGCUGAAAAUCUUGAAAGUGUGGCUCAACAUGCCAAUGAUGCUAUGAUCGUUGCUGUUUUGCGGUUUGAAAAGUUAAAACUUUAUCAAGGUGUUUGGAGUGUUAGCAAUUGCUACAACUGUUCGAUGGUCAUUACUGAUCCAGUGUUCCCAGAGAGUUUGGCUUUUAAAGAGAGAUUGUCAAAAUAUGGUUUAACCCUGACCUAUACCCAUCCAAAUCAGUUGACUAUUGUCAAUUCUGUAUCAGUAAGGGACGAUUUCUUCUUGCAUAGUCCUCGAAGGACUAUAAGCGAGAUAAUUGCUGCUUCUGAGGUUGUCAAAUGUGUUACCAUGGCCACAAUUAUGUCUAUAGACACUAAGUUUGGCUGGUAUUACAUGUCAUGUGGAGCCUGUGCUAAAAAGUGCAAAAAAUGCAAUGAGGAUGUUGAGAAUGUUUAUCCAUCGUUCAUGUUGACUUUUCGUGUCAUGGAUAAUACUGGUGAAACCAAAUUCCUCUUAUUUGAUCAAGAGGCAAAGGAAGUUGUCAACCAAACUGCUGCUCAGUUAACUCAGUCUGUUAAUGAGAUUCAGGAUCCAAAUGUCUUGCCAUUGGCUUUGAGCAAUAUUUGUGGUAAAACGUUUCUCUUCAAGAUUGCAAUUGCAAGUUCAAAUAUUGUUUUCAAUAGUCACACAUACAAGGUCAUCAGUAUAAUUACACAAAGUGAUGUGGUUAAGGAGUUUUCUAAAAUCUCUACUCCUCAGAGCACUCCAAGUAUCAAGAUAGAAGAAAAAGCUCACAAUACUCUUGAUGGAAAGGUUCCUCUAAUGAUUAUGGAUGAUGAUGAUGCUGAAAUUACACCUACUUCUAAGCGCAAAAGCAAUGAAAAGAUGGAAGUGAUUAAGGAUAUUGAUGAGUAUUCUGCUGCAAAGAAGAAGUGUAAGGAUGAGAAAACUGUUGAGACUAAUCCAAGUACUGUGCCCCUUAAGACCGUGAAGACAGAGAAGCCAUGA